AUGUAUUUUUGUUUUAUAUAGCGUAGAUAGGACAUCUAUACACAAUGGAGGUACUUGCGGAUAUACUACAACCAUAUAAAGAACUAGUGGGGAAUAUAGCGGCUAUAGUAACUAUAGGGCAAAUGUUCUCCGGCACGUUCAUGUGCUGGGAUAUUUAUAAACAAGGCAAUACAAGCGGAAUACCCAGUACACCUUUCCUGGGUGGAUUAGUUAUGGGUAUAAUCAAUUUAAAGUAUGGUUAUAUACUACGUGAUGAUACUAUGAUACAAGUGAAUUUGUUUGGUUUAGCCCUCAAUAUUAUAUAUGUAUUGGUAUAUUUCACAUAUACACAAGAAAAAGUAAAAACAUGGGCUCAAAUGGGAAUAACAGGAGCAAUAUCUGCGGCAUUAUUGGGUUACGCUGAAAUGGAAGACCCGAAAUUAGUUGAACACAGAUUGGGAAUCAUCAUCACCGCUUUUAUGUUCCUUUUAAUCGCUUCACCUUUGUUCGGUCUGAAUGAGAUAAUCAAGAACAAGAGCACGGAAGGUUUGCCAUUCCCGAUGAUAUUGUCUGGAUCAGUGGUGACGUUCAUGUGGCUGUUGUAUGGAAUUAUAUUAAGGAAUCAGUUCCUAGUUAUACAAAAUGUAGUGGCACUGGUGUUGUGCUCAAUUCAAUUAUCGCUGUUUGUGAUAUACCCCUCAAAACCAAAGGGCCAAGAGAAUGCCAAACGUAAAGCGAAGAAAAUUGACUAGAAAUUAGUAUUAAGUAAAACAAAGCACGCAGCAGAUGCCUAUACUUAGGAGUAGUUGUAAAUUAAUAGAUCAAAGAUGUAAUUGAUUGUGUUCCUUGCAUUGACUCGUAAAGAUGAACUGCACAUUGACUGUAAUCGCUUGAAUAAUUAAUACUGUUCGGUAAUAUAACGAGUCACAACCUCUACUAGCUUAUAUACUACACGCUACCGUGGAUAGUGGUUUAAAAUAGUACAUCCAUUGGUAGACAGUUCGGUUCUCGAAAUACAAACAUGUGUACUGAUAUGUACAAGUUUCUGUAAAGAGUAUACUUGGAUAUU